CGUCCUUGAGCUUGGCCACCUGCCUAGGAAACUUGUGGUUGGUUGUUGUCCGCGGAUCGUUUCCGGGCGGGGACAGCAAUCGGGCCAUGAAAAAUACUUCGGGGACCCGUGAGCCCCGGACCCGUCCGAGAGAAAGAGACCCGGACCGGCGCCCGCACCCGGACCGAGACCGCCACGUCGAGCGGCCGCGAGACCGAGGCGGGGACAGGCACAGGGAGAGGAAUGGUGACGUGAGAGGAAACGGGGACCGUCGGGCGGGCCGGGAACAGAGAACGGACCGAGACCCGCGCCAGGACAGACACAGGGACGCGGGCCAUCGCGCAGCCGAACCAAGAGCCUUGGAGAGGUCCCGCCAAAGCCGUGCACGGCCCGAGCCCUGGAGACCCAGUUGGGACGCAGCCCCGACUCCGGGACCUGCACCCUGGGGCGCCCCAGAGCUGUCACAGAAGCAUGGCCUCGGGUGCCGCGGAAUGGAGAGUGAACUGGCUUCGGAAAGAUACAUGUCCACAUACUCCGGGCCUGCUCAACAGGAAGAGGAAUAUUACCAGUCGGAAGCAGAGGGGCUCCUGGAAUGCCACAAAUGCAGAUACUUGUGCACUGGGAGAGCCUGCUGCCAGAUGUUGGAGGCUCUGCUGAACUUGCUGAUCUUGGCCUGCAGUUCUGUCUCUUACAAUUCCACGGGGGGCUACACAGGCAUCACCAGCCUAGGGGGGAUUUACUACUACCAGUACGGAGGGGCUUAUAGUGGCUUCGAUGGCGCUGACGGGGAGAAAGCCCAGCAGCUGGAUCUCCAGUUCUACCAGCUCAAGCUGCCCACGGUCACUACAGCAAUGGCCUACAGCGGAGCCCUCAUGACCUUCUCCUGUCUCACCCUCCUCGGGGGUGCCCUGCGAGUCCCGUGGCACUGUCCACUGUGGCUGGUGAUCGAGGGCUUAAUGGAUGUGCUCAUUGCUGGGGCCUAUGUCCCGGCCUUGUACUUCUUCUUCCAACACCUCUCGGCUGCCUACAGUUCAGAUGUGUGCAAGGAGAGGGAGGCCCUGUACCAGAGCAAAGGUUACAGUGGCUUCAACUGCAGUAUCCAUGGGGGAGACAUCGGAGCAGGAGUCUUUGCAGCCAUGGCCAUCGGGGUCUUUGCCGUGGGCGCCGUCCUGGCUUUUAAGGGUUACCGAAAAGUCAAGAAGCUGAAGGAGAAACCCACAGAAAUGCUUGAGUUUUAGACUUCUAGAAUGUUCUGCCACUUAUACGUGAUAGACGUCACUUUCGACCACAAUCACUCAGUAAUGCUUCCAAAAUACCAAGCCAGUGUAGGUAUGCUGGGCUUAGCUCCUGGUUGCCUGGAGCAGUAAGUAUUCUCUGAGACAUCAACCUGUGGUUUUUGCCAUCUUCUGUGGCUGGGGAACUAACAAAGAGUAUGUCAAACCCCCAAACACUGGAGCCAGGCUCGGUGGUACAGACUUGGAAUCUUAGCACGUGUAAGGCUGUGGCAGGAGACUCUUGAGUUCAAGGCUAGCGUGGACGGACUGCAUAGCAAGAUCCUGUCUCCAAAGCACAUAAACAGCAAUAAUAAAGGAGCUUAGUAGAGGCUGGGACCCACCAGAGAAAGGCAAAGUAAACUUCAUGACCAGGGCAGUAACAAUUGCAUUGGAAAAGCUACAUCAACAGAAGGCGACUCAGCCUGAACCAUCCUAAGCUCAGCCCUCUUCAGCAGUCGCACCAGGUAUCUCCACACUGAGUAUCCAGGCCCUGCACCCUGUUAACUCUAAUGGAUUCUCAGGGAUACUUCCCCAGGAAAAAACUUAAGUUUGAGGGUGUGGGGUAAGGAAAGGAGAAUCAGAUUAAACUUGCUGAGCUGCAAAGAAACCAUUCUGCUGGCCCCUCCAAGCGCUCAAUAAGCAUUUGUACCUCCCGUAAAUGUGCCAUUGUAUGAAGAAUCCAACCCCACAGCUGGUUCAGGAUCUGCUCAAAAGAAAAGAACGUAAAGUCCCUUUCCCAACAGAGGAAUGUUCCUUUUGGCCAGACGACUUCAUGGACUAGAUUACGUGUUGAAUUAUGGCCUGGGACCAUCCACAGCAAAAUCUGGUAUAAGUGAAUAUGUCCUUUGCUUGAUGCAAAAAUCCAAGCAUUACAAAGAAAAAUUUUAAUUGGGGGGCAGCGGUCUUCUUUAUGUUCAUGAUACUUUAUUCACUUAAACUCCAUCGCUUGGUUUAGAAGACUUCAGCCUGAAGGACAGAACUGCAUACCCGUGUCAUACAUGGUUAGAAACUCUCUUGAACACUGUUCAAAGAAAAGGGGGGUGGGUGGGUAUUUUUCAUUCUAUAGACACCGUGACUUCACAUAUUCAUUUUAUUUUUGCAAAAUAAAAAGAUCAAACCUA